UAACUACCCAGCAUUGAAUCGUAACUACACACUUCUGAAAUCAUUAAGGAACGCAUUCGCACAAAUAUUGAAAAUUCCACGCGCCCACAUUGGAAUUAGCACAAUAGCUAUUCACCGUAAUACAGUUGAGAUGUUCUUCAUCAAGUCUCUCAGUCCAAAAAUACCAUUCCAUUUGGGAAAUUUCAUUAAAGCCAGCACCAUUUUGGCUACACACAAUCUGCUGUCCAGAUUACAAAAGCUUCUACCAAACCUUCACAUACAGUCAGUUGGAUCUGAGACAUCUGUGGUAAAAACUUCAAUGACUGAUCCAGUGUGGAUGCAACACUACCUCCCCUACAUCGUCGCCUCCUGUGCCGCAGCUCUUGUCACUAUGUUAGUCACCAUUCUGGUCUACUGCUGUUAUCGACAAAAAGUCAAAAAGGCUGAACUGAAAAAUCCUACAGUACAAAGAAUAUUCUAUCCUACACUCAAACCUAAUAUGAAAGACGCUAUGAUGGUCCAACCAGAGUCUUCUCCAGUCUACGUGGUCAAACGUUGUGUUACACCUCUACCGGCUCAGACUCCAGUACAGAUGAGAGCUGAGGGUUUGCUUAAAAGGAGGGGAUCCAGCGCCUCACUCACCUUAGAUUUGAAUCCAUCACCAGAAUUACCUCGAUGGGAAGGAACACCCCCCAAGGAAAGCUCUGGUCUUGAGUUUCUGAUGUCUGCUGGUAACCGGCUGAGUCGCAAAGAUCUUCGUAAUGCAGUCAAGAAUGUCUCAAGUGUGUAUGAAGAAUUUUGGGAUAUCCCUACCAACCACCCUGAAAAAGUCUAUGUAGCAGGGUCAGGAACCAAAAAUCGCUAUAAAACUAUGAUACCAAGCAUGACUGGUGUGGGUUAUGAGGUUGAAGCUAUGGCAUACAUUGCUACCCAAGGCCCCAUGGCACACACUAUUUUGGACUUCUGGAGAAUGAUAUGGCACGAAAAGGCUCCAAUUAUUGUGAUGAUUACAAAAUUGAAAGAAAUGAACACUGCUGACCUAUUCAACAAUACAGAUGAAAAGGAAUAUACAGACGAAUGCAAGUCACCUUGGAAUUCAGCAAAAAGUAAAUGUGAGAAUUACCUACCUGAUAAAUAUGGUUGCUACGGUGAUAUUGAGGUCACUGUGGAAAAAGUCACUCAACGACCAGGUUAUUUGGUACAUCAACUUGUACUGAGGUGUAAAGGUGAAAGCCACCAUGUGCUACAUUACUGGUACACAGCAUGGCCGGACCAUAAACCUCCAGACUCACCAAAGAUGAUCCUCGACUUGGUACAGGAUGUUGAGCUACAUCGAUACAUGGAUGAUGGUAUUACACCUCGUGGACCAAUUGUUGUACAUUGCAGUGCUGGCAUUGGUCGUACAGGCUGCUUCGUCGCUAUCAGCAUCGGCAUCCGACAACUCCGAGAGGAACACUCUGUUGAUAUUUUGGGUAUUGUCUGUAGCAUGAGAAUGGACAGAGGUGGAAUGAUCCAGACACAUGAACAGUACGAAUUCAUCCACCAAGCGUUAUGUGAGUAUGAGAAGAUGUUGGACUCCAGCGCAGAUUGAACUGACGGGCUGGCUGUUUUGGGUAGUUGUCCAGGGCUACUGAUCUUUUGAAAACCAGGCAUUGUCUCCAGGUGUCCAGGAACACCUUCGUGUUCUGACCGAAGAAGCUGCUGGGGGUUUAGGGGUACACAGAGGAGGGAAGAGAAAGAGAAAGAGCUGGUGUCAGUCAUUUUAGUGGGCGGGGCGGGGGG